GCGGGUGGCGGAGCGCGGCCGGCUGGGCUGGGCUGCCGCGGGUGUGGAGCCUCGGGCGGGCACGGGCAGCGCGGGCCCGGCUCAGGCCUGGCGCGGGUCCUGGGCCAGCGGGCAGUGCCGGGGCGGGCAGUGCCGGGCCGGCCCCGCUGUGCUGCCGUUUAUUCUAUAUGGCACGGUUGGUUACCCACUGAGAGCACAUCAAUGGACUUGGAAGCUAAAGAUGAAGAGGAGGAGAGUCUACAAACAGCAUUCAAAAAGCUGAGAGUGGAUGCAGCAGGAUGUAUUGCAGCUCUGGCCGUGGGUGAUGGGACCAUUCUCAGAACAACAAGAGCAGCCGUGGAGGGAGCCAAGCAGCAGACUGUCAGCUCCAAGGAAGCGUGGCAUGGGUGUGUGAGAAAGCCUUCCCGAGGAUCGGCGAGGGUCCCGCGGCGCCGGCGCUCCAAAUCUCCGGUCCUGCACCCUCCCAAGUUCACCUACUGCAACAUGAAAGCCAACAGCCAGCUGAAACACAAACCCCAGGCAGACACUGCGAAGGGUGCCAGCAGCUCAGAUGUUUUUGUCCCAGCAGAACAUGGUACGAAGGACGGGCAGGAUUCUCACCUUGAGGCCAGUAACGACAGAACUGAACUGUUGGAAGCUUUCACCGCCGAAGAGCCUUCGCAGAAGCAGGGGGAGAAUUGCCCUGCUCUCUCCUCAUCCUUUGAGAACAGCUUGCAUUCUGAGCAAACCUCAGAUUUCCAGUCCUUAUCCAUGCUUAGCAACAGCAGGCAGUGCCCUUGCACGGACAGGCAGUGCCGGUGCCAGCAGUGGCGCUCCAUGGAGGUGUACUCCUUCUCCGGGCUGCGGAGCGUCCUGUCCGAGUGCGAGAAGGCCGUCCUGGGGGCCCACUCCCUCCAGGGCAGAGCUCCCUCUGCGACAGCCUCAGCAAGCUCGCCCAGGUCUUGCUCUGAGCAAGCUCGAGCCUUUGUGGAUGACGUGACUAUUGAAGAUCUUUCGGGAUACAUGGAAUACUACUUAUAUAUCCCCAAGAAAAUGUCUCACAUGGCGGAGAUGAUGUACACUUGACUGUAAGCAGUGGAGGAUCCUGAAGCGGAGUUUGUUACAAUGGUUGGGCUGAUUGCCCUGUCAGUGCCAUGUUUUCACUGUUGUGCGUUUGAUUAAAUGUUUCUUUGCCUCAUACAGUUUAGUUUUCUAAUAAAAUGAAAAAUUGAA